AUGUCCCACACAACUAGAUUUGGAUUCUGGAUUUGGACAUCUGACACAUUUCAGCGUCCUCGCAUUGGACGAGGCGCGGGCGAGGGACGAACAAACGAGGCCCUCCGCGCUCGUGCCACGUCCGUGCAGGCGGAGGUGCGCGCGUCGUUCAAGGCGCCUCAAAAGGCGGCGACGAUGGAGCUCGCCGCGCUGCCCUCCGCUGCAACGAAUGACGCGCGGUCGCCAGGUGAGGUGGACGAGGGGGGUGCGGGGAGGGGAGGGCGCGUUGGGGAGGAGGAAGAUGGGGAGGAAAGGGCGCAAUGGGGAGGGGGGAAGGUCGCGGCGCUGCCCUUCACCGCGUCGGACCACAAGGUGCGGCGUGCCAUGGCGUUUGUGCAACCAGGGGAGGUCCACCCGCCACCUCUCUCCCCCCUGCCUGACCCCACUCCUUUCCAUUACCCCCCUUCCCCUGCCUGGCUACCCUAUCCGCCCCUAACCCCCUCCAGGCGGCAGCAACCACAAGGUGCAGCGUGCCAUGGCGUGUGUACAACAGGGGCUGACCCCCCCCGGCUGACGUGCAGGCUUUGCACAGAAAGGAAUUGUUGGAGAGGCGGAACUGAGAGGGGGGCGGGGAGAGGGGGCAAGCUGUGGGAGAUAGAAGCACAGCGGGCAGGGCUGCCAGUGGUGGCGAGGGAGGGCGAAGGGAUGGAGGCCGCGUGGAGCAACAAUGCUGUGUGCUGCGAGACGGGGUCAGGGAAAACUUUCAGUAUCAAAGAAGCUCCUCAGGUGAGUGCGGUGUGGGGGGAAGGCCAGGUGAGUGCGGUGUGGGGAAGGGCAGGUGCGUGCGGUGUGGGGGAAAGAGCAGGUGCGUGCGGUGUGGGGGAAAGGGCAGGUGCGUGCGGUGUGGGGGAAAGAGCAGGUGCGUGCGGUGUGGGGAAAAGGGCAGGUGCGUGCGGUGUGGGGGAAAGAGCAGGUGCGUGCGGUGUGGGGGAAAGGGCAGGCGCGUGCGGUGUGGGGGAAAGUGCGGGUUAUUGCGGUGUGGGGAAGGGCAGGUGCGUGCGGUGUGCGGAAGGGCAGGUGAGUGCGGUGUGGGGAAGGGCAGGUGCGUGCGGUGUGGGGAAGGGCAGCCCUGCCAGCCUUGUGUGCGGCAAGGCGGAGUCGGGCAAGGCGGGGUCGGGCAAGGCGGGGUCGGGCAAGGUGGGGUCGGGCAAGACCAUGCAAGUGCCCCAGGUGCGUGCAGUGGUGGGGGAAGGACAGGUGUCAUGA